AUCUCUGUCGGUAUUGCCAAUGACGAUCGCGCCAUCAUGGCGGACAGCGAGAGUCUGGAGACCGUCACCGAACAUGAGCGGAUCUUACAGGAGGUCGAGAGCACGGACACGGCCUGCGUGGGCCCGACGUUACGGUCCGUGUACGAUGAUCAGCCCAACGCACACAGGCGGUUUAUGGAGAAACUUGAUGUCAGAAUACGUAACCAUGACCGAGAGAUCGAGAAGAUGUGUAACUUUCAUCAUCAGGGCUUCGUGGACGCCAUCACAGAACUGCUGAAAGUACGAGCGGAUGCGAAGAAACUGAUGGGCCAAGUGAGCGACACCAACCGAAGACUUCAAGACGCCGGGCGAGAGGUGACGGCUCAAACCCAAGAGGUCAUCCGCUGUCGGGUUCAGCAGAGGAACAUGGCCACCACCGUGGAGAAACUACAGCUCUGCAUCCCGGUUCUGGAAAUGUACAGCAAACUGAAGGAGCAACUGGAAUCAAAGAGAUAUUACUCUGCAUUAAAAACUAUGGAGCAGCUAGAAAACAUGUAUAUUCCCCGAGUGAGUCAGUACAGGUUCUGUCAGAUCAUGGCCGAGACGCUCCCCAAACUCCGCGAGGAGAUUAAAGACAUCUCCAUGUCUGACCUGAAAGACUUUCUGGAGAGUAUCCGCAAGCACUCGGAUAAGAUCGGAGAAACUGCGAUGAGACAGGCUCAGCAGCACCGCACGUUUAACAGCGCUGUACAGAAGCAGGUGACUCUCAGCUGCACUAAACCUCUGUACGGUCUGAACGGACGCACGUCGCUCCAUCACAACGGUCUGAGUCCGGAGGAGGACGACACUGAUGAUGAGGUUUUGACGGCUCAGGAUCUGGUGGAUUUCUCCCCUGUCUAUCGCUGUCUUCACAUCUACACUGUUCUGGGGGACAGAGAAACGUUUGAGAAUUAUUACAGAAAGCAGAGAAAGAAGCAGGCCAGACUUGUGCUGCAGCCUCAGUCUAAUAUGCACGAGACGGUUGAGGGCUACAGGAGAUACUUUAAUCAGAUUGUCGGGUUUUUCGUGGUGGAGGAUCACAUAUUACACGCCACGCGGGGUCUGGUGACCAGAGCCUUCACGGACGAGCUGUGGAACAUGGCCCUGUCGAAAAUCAUCGCCGUUCUCCGCACGCACUCGUCGUACUGCACUGAUCCUGAUCUGGUUCUAGAGCUGAAGAACCUCAUUGUUAUAUUUGCAGACACUUUGCAGGGGUAUGGUUUUCCUGUGAACAGACUCUUUGACCUGUUGUUCGAGGUCAGAGAUCAAUACAACGAGACGUUGCUGAAGAAAUGGGCUCUGGUGUUCAGGGAGAUUUUCGAGCAGGAUAACUACAGUCCCAUACCCGUGGAGAACGAGGAGGAAUAUAAAGCUGUCAUCAGUCGCUUCCCCUUCCACGACGCCGAGAUCCAGAAGCAACAGUUUCCAAAGAAGCUGCCGAUGUCCCAGUCCGUGCCUCAGAUCUACGCUCAAGUGAAGGAGUUUAUUUAUGCCAGUUUAAAGUUCUCUGAGUCGCUUCAUCGCAGCUGGACUGAAAUUGACGACAUGCUCCGUAAAUCCACUAACCUGCUGUUGACCCGGACGCUGAGCAGCUGUCUGCAGAAUCUCAUCAAGAAACCACACAUAGGACUGACUGAGCUGGUUCAGAUCAUCAUCAACACCACUCAUUUAGAACAGGCCUGUAAAUACCUGGAGGAUUUCAUCACCAACAUCACCAACGUCUCCCCAGAGACCGUUCACACCACACGACUCUACGGCCUCUCCACAUUCAAGGAUGCGAGGCACGCGGCCGAGGGGGAGAUCUACACGAAACUCAAUCAGAAGAUCGAUGAGUUCAUUCAGUUAGCCGAUUAUGAGUGGUGUAUGCUGGAGUCAGACGGGCGGGCCAGCGGAUAUCUCAUGGACCUCAUUAACUUCCUGCGCAGCACCUUUCAGGUCUUCACACAUCUUCCGAAUAACAGCAAUGAUCACGCGUCAAUGUCGGGUAAGGUUGCGCAGACGGCCUGUAUGUCGGCCUGUAAACAUCUGGCCACAUCACUGAUGCAGAUGCUGUUGGAUUCUGAACUCAAGCAGGUCACCAUGGGAGCCGUUCAGCAGUUUAAUCUGGACGUCAUACAGUGUGAAUUGUUUGCCAGUUCUGAGCCUGUGCCAGGAUUCCAGGGAGACACGCUGCAGCUGGCCUUCAUCGACCUCAGACAGCUUCUGGAUCUGUUCAUGGUUUGGGAUUGGUCCACAUAUCUGGCUGACUACGGGCAGCCCACCUCCAAAUACCUGCGGGUGAAUCCCUCCACGGCUCUCGCUCUUUUAGAAAAGAUGAAGGACACAGGGAAGAAGAACAACAUCUUCUCUCAGUUCAGAAAGAACGACCGCGACAAACAGAAGCUCAUCGAGACGGUGGUGAAGCAGCUGAGGAGUCUGGUGAACGGCAUGUCCCAGCAUUCCUAGAGUCUUCACGCACCGCACCGCAUCACACAUACUACAGGAGAAAUCCACCAACAUCUCAGAAGUGCUGUGAGACGACGGCAUCUCCUGCUGUCUGCCAGAAUACCCCCCACUCGCUUAAUGAUGUCCAUACAGGGCAGAAAGAGAACCCAAGACGUUGUGCUGUCAUGUUUUGUAAUGUAUUUUUAAAGGAGUUAUGUUUUGUACGUUGUGACGGGGCAAUGAUUCUAAUGUGACGCUCGAUGGAGCGAGAGAGAGAGACGGCUGAUGGUCAUGAUGAUCAUAUGGAUGAUGUUUUUAUUGUAAAUAUUUUUACAUCUAUAUUUAACAGUGCUAUGGAAUCCUGCUUCCCGAGUCAAACGUGACUCACGUUGGGUGACAUUUGCAUGAGAAUGACUCCGUUUUCAUUUUUAGUUGACAAACCUUGCUAAAACUCGACUGGUGCAUUAACGGCACUCGUCCAUGUAAGAGAACGGCUACAUUUCACUAAAUGCACCAGAGAAUUCUAUUUCAUUUUUCUUUUCUCAGGGCAAAAGGAAAGCUUUUGGUUCAGAUGCUUUAGAAUCUCAUUGGAAGAAACUAAAUGAGCAAUAAUUGGUCAGGAUACACAUUCAAGCUUAACUUUAUUCUUCACUUAGUUUUCUUUCAACGGACAUUUUGCACUGAAUAUGAUUUAAACUGUAUGCUUAUGUAUUUAAAGUACAUUGUAUAUGGCACAAUAUUUUGUUAAAAGGGUAAAAAAUGGAAUGUAAAGAUUGAACUUUGAUCUGUUCUCUAAACACAACCCAACACUUUGUCCGAUGUCUGUGUUCAGUCCUCUGAUGGCUGUGACGACACUAAUAUGAAAAGAACUCUAUGAACAGAUCAGCAGUUAAUGUACAUCUGAAAGAGUGCAAAAGCAGAUAGAAACACACAUUAAUAACAUUUCAACUGUUUCAUUCGACAUUAACCAAUGACCUGUAAAGCUGUUUGGGCGUGGAAGGGUUUCAUAUUCAAAAUGAAAGUGUCAUCCUGACAUUGAAAUCUCUCACCGGUUUCACACAAAACCCACUCGUUUAAUUAAACCGUGUCAUGAAAAUACAUUUCAUCAGUUGUUUUUGAUUCCAUAUUCUUCAACAUAUUUUCCUCGUGUGUAACUUUAUGCAGCAUUGCAUUCCGCUGCUGAAAUGUUUUCUUUGUUUUAUUACGGUUUCCAAAAAGUUCUUCAGUAGGAUUUAUUGAUGCUCAACUCUGCUCUGAUUUUUUCAUUUCCUUCCUUCUGUCAAUAAAAACAA